CAGGCAGGUCUGAACGAGCCCGGUUUAAAAGUAACACAGAACUCACAAGUUUCCAGCAAGCUCUUUUCCCUUUGAAAAUCACGUGUGGAACUUCGAGUAGAUGUUUGCUUGGCUACCUUGAAAUGUUGACGAAUUACUUAUGCAAACGCCCCGUCAUUGUGUGAAGAUAUUGGCGUGCGAAUUCGCAACGACAGUGUAUUUCCUGCACGUAUUCGAUCGUGACAUAUUAAACCACUGAUGCAAUGUUUAUAUACGCAUAAGCGUAAACGUUAAACAGCAUUCAUUUCGCGAUAAAAUGUCUUCUCGGCUAGCUGGCGUUUGGAAAUCGAUCGUGGAGUGCAAAAGAUUCCUAAUUUUGGCUCUGACUCCGAUCCUGCUAUGCCCGCUACCUGUAUUGGUGCCCGAAAAAAAAGGGCGUUGUGCAUACGCCAUUCUCAUCAUGGCUGUGUAUUGGAUCACAGAAGUCUGCCCGUUGGCUGUGACAUCUUUGCUUCCAUUAAUCCUUUUCCCACUACUGGGUGUAGUCGAGGCAAAGCAGAUCAGUCCACCUUACUUCAGCGAUACUAAUAUUCUAUUUAUGGGCGGUUUGCUCGUUGCAGUGGCGGUCGAGUACUGGAACCUACAUAAAAGGAUUGCUCUGUUUGUUUUACUUAAAAUUGGCGUCCAGCCUAGGAGGUUGCUCUUUGGUUUCAUGUCUGUAACGGCGUUCCUAUCUAUGUGGCUAAGCAACACUGCAACGACCGCUAUGAUGUUUCCAAUCGCUCAAGCAGUCUUAGAAGAAUUGCGCCAGGGAACGAAGAAUAUUACGAAACAAGGCGUCGUUAACAACGGCACGAAUUUCGAAAUGCACAAAUCAGCCAAUCAAAAGGACGAAAAAGAUCUUGAAGCCAAUCACAACGAAGAGAACGGUUGUGUAACCAAUCAUAAAGAAGAGAAGAUAGACUCCUUGGAAAGCGAUAUAAACAAGUCUGAUGAAGGCAUUGUAAGGGUCGAAAUCAACAAGGAGGAGAAACUGGACCAACAACAUACACAACUUUGCAAGGGGACGUUUCUUAGCAUAGCAUAUGCUGCAAAUAUUGGUGGCACAGGCACACUCACGGGGACUGGACCGAAUUUAAUAUUAAGUGGCCAGUCAGAAGAACUAUUUCCGGGCAGUGGUGGUAUUGGAUUUGCUGAUUGGUUCAUCUACGCUUUCCCAGAAAUGCUUCUUCUGCUGUUUGUUGCCUGGAUUUGGAUACAAUGGGUGUAUUUAGACACAAGAUUGAGUGAUUUAAUCAACCUCGUUCGCUGCAGACGAGGUAAAAGGAAAAACAGUGAAGCAAUUGAAAAAGCUACGAAUGUUAUUAGACGACAAUACAACGAAUUAGGACCAAUUUCAUUUGCAGAGAUAACAGUGCUGAUCCAUUUCAUUAUCUUGGCAUUAUUAUGGCUCUUCCGAGAUCCGAAGUUUAUCGAUGGAUGGGCCAUCAUAUUUAAAGAUGGAUAUGUGCGCGAUGGGACUGUUGGUAUUAUUGUCGCGUUCUCUCUGUUCAAUUUCCCCUCUCGGAAACCGAAAAUAUUUUCAAGAUUAUUUUCAAGGGAUAAUGAAUACGAUAUCGAAGAAGAGCCGAGCGAUGGUCGUUCAUCGACGUUGCUCAACUGGCCUACGGUAUCGGAGAAGUUCGCUUGGAAUAUUGUCCUUUUGCUUGGAGCUGGUUUUGCUAUGGCUAAGGCCGCGAAGGACUCGGGUUUAUCGAUUUGGCUUGGGCAACAACUGGCUAAAUUGGACAGUGUACCAACGUUUGUUAUAGUUCUUAUUACGGCAUCAAUGCUGUGCGCUUUUACAGAGGUCACAUCAAACACAGCAACCGCGACGAUUUUCCUGCCAAUUCUCGGAACACUGGCGACAGGUCUUGAGAUACACCCGUGGCGUUUGGUACCAGCAACCGUAGCUUGCUCUUUCGCAUUCAUGCUUCCAGUAGCGACACCACCCAAUGCAAUCGUUUUUGCUUCCGGUUAUCUCAAAGUUGCUGAUAUGGCUAAAACAGGCUUGUUUAUGAACAUCACAAGUGUUGCUGUCUUGAUGCUGUGGUUGUAUACGUUUGGAACAUGGUAUUUUGACCUCAAUACGUUCCCUACUUGGGCUGUUAUCGCUGUUAAAAAUUCGACAAAAACUUGUGUGUAAAAAACAGACUUGUAGCGAUGCUGCCGUUUUGCAAAGUUGCUACAAGAUUGUCACUUGAUAAAUAUAUCUUGAUUCGCAGCAUGGUAUAAUCGUAAAGAAUAGGCUAAACUUGUAAACAAGCUUACAGGUGAAACUAUUUUGCAGACUACUUCCUUCUAAAAUAUUUUUUCCAGAAAAUGUCAGCGCGCGGUUUAACGUUAGUCAAUCACAACUGCUUAUAAUUGGAUAUAUUAACGUUUCGAAACGCCCUUAAAAUAUGUCUACCGAUGGAUUUCGGUUAAAUAGGAUUCCUCGGAUCUCCAAAACCAAAAGUAUGGUUCAUCUGAUUAUUCGAAUUUAAGGAUGACAUCCACUUGCAAUGUAAACAAGCGCUUUGUUUAAAUUUUAAACUGUUUUUUAGGACGAACUAUCUGCUUUUCAUUAAAAGCGGAUUUCCAAUCGCAGAAAAAGAUUUCGCAAACGAAAUAUUUGCAUGUUUUGUUUUAAAAUUUGCCAGAAUAAAUGAGUUCAGCUUGACUAUUCUCAUAUAUUUUAUACAAAAGUUUUACUAGCGAACCAUUUCUUUGAAAUUUGAAAUCCAGCAAUUGGUAAUUAUUCUAUCUGUGGGCAAAAAAGCAAGCACAAAUUUGGGACAUAGGACAUGUCGAAGUUUCCUUCAUCAAAAAAUGGCCGGAUGCAUCUUAAAAACAAGAUUUCAAAAGCUCUUAAACGAGUCUGCUUGUUAUAAGGUUAAAAGAAAGAUAAAUUUCUUUUCUCUAAAAACAGUCUGAUAUGAACUUUAUGUUACACUAAUUAUGGCGUAUUGUGGCACUUGAGCCCGUGGGACUUUUGGUCAUUUUCAUGAUUGUCAUGCAUGAUUAUGAUUACAACACAAUCGACAUC